AUAGCAACGAAGUUAGUACAUCCUGCAGUAGCAGCUCUUAAAAUCAAUUACAGUUGUCGGAAAAAAUAACUCACAAUGGCGACCUCCAGCUCUGAAGACGACCAAACUGGUCCAUCAGUCGAUUCAAAUAAUAUGGAAGAGCGUAUCCAAGCUCGUCGCAUAAGAAUAGCGAAGCGAGCUGAAGCUGCUAGAAAGUUAGUCAGUCAAUAACUCAGGAUACUAAUGAAAGAAGUGGCACUGACAGUGUUAAUUUAAAAUAUUAAUGAUAAUAAUUAAUAGUAAUACAUACUACAAAUUACCACAAAAAAAAAUUCAAGGCUAAAAGGAAGAUGGGAUGCCACGAUGUCUUUUGUGUGUUUAUUAAAGUUGCCGUGAAUUAGGGUUCAGGUUAGGUUUAGGGAUACAUAUCAUUUAGUCAUUUAGGGUUCAGGUUAGGUAUAAGUAUAGUGAUACAUUUAGUAGGGACCUUGGUAUCGACCGGAAAUACCCGAAAAACGGGUAUCGUUUUUUCGUUGUCAUAAUGGCAACCUCUACUUUUUAAUUUACUGAGGGUAUCGUUUCGCGUUUUAUAAUAGAUUUUUAGCAUAAUAAUAUAAUUUUACUUCCGCCAAUUACUUAAAACUUAAAACCAACAUCUUUCCUGUUAUAUUAAGAGUUCGUUUGACUUUUUUGGUCAAGAUUAAAGCUUUGAAAAUUGAAGUUAAAAAUUGGUCAACUUCACUCAAUAAUAACUUUUUUUUAAAUUCGCUCAAUAAUAAAAAAUCUCCGCUCUUAUAAUUUUUAGGUUCAUUUACAACAUAUCCAAAAUUCAUGAGUGUAGACCAUGGGUGGGCUUCAAAAACGAAUUUCCAAGAUGUCAUUUUUUUAGGCUAUGUAUUUGUCAUCAUGGCCACCGUGCUUGUCUGCUUAUUUCCAAAUAUCGAUAGCAGCCGUGGGGUAAUUAAUAAUUCAUUAAGUUGGUUAUCCAGAGUGUAAAUGGGAAAUAUAACUAAUAAUAAAUCAUUUUAUAUAAAUAAAAAAUGUUUUAUAACAUAAAUAAUUAUUAUUGGCUUAUAGUGCUUUUAAUUUUUGGGUUGGUUGCCAUGGACCUGGCUGACACUGACAUUGGAUUGAUAAGCUCUUGUCUUUGACUUAGAUAGUGAUAGGCUUAGUAAAAGUAUUAUAAUAGUAAUUAUACUAUUAUAAAUGAUUUAAGGCGUGGGAUAAAUAGCUUUUAUUACAACUAAUAUAUUUAUCAUUUAUAUUAGUUUAUAUAUUUAUAGAUAAAUAUGUAUUUGUAUAUAUUAUAUAUAUUUAUAAUGACCAUAGGCUAUAGCCAUAGGCCUUGUAUACAUAUAGUAUAAUACAAAGUAUACUAUAUCAGGGUUAAGCCCUAGACCCAACCCAACUAAUUUGUAGGGCCUAUUAUAAUAAAUUAUAUUUGAUGAUAUUUUAGGAUAUGUAAUAAAAUUUUAAUGAAUAUUGUGAUUCUUACUUAAGGCAUAAACUAAGUAAAACAUUUUAAAAUAUUCACUUACCUUUGGUAUUGAAAUAUCAUAUAUUUAAUCACAUAUCACAAUAUUCCACAAGAGAAUUAUUAUAUAAUCCUCAGUUUCUCAAAGAAAAAACACACUUUCUGGCACAACAAUCCAAGAAUUACUUAAGAUAUUAUUACUAAAGAACAAUUAUAAAAACCUGUACUUACCUCUAGUAAAUGAAUAGAACUUAUUUUAUUAACAGCUAAAGUCAAAGUUGAUUCUAAUAAUACAUGUUGAUUUGUAAAACAAGAUUACAAACUUAAAAUAAAUGACAUGCUGAUUGUUUUUUCAUACUCAUAGGAAUAAUAUAAUAUAUUAUAAUAUACAUAUGUAGAAAAUGGUAAAAUAAAAAGUGUAAUUGUCAAUUUUAAAUAAAUGAAACAAAUAACCCCUUUAUUAUUUGUUUAUGCUUAUAAAUGCUAAACAAUUCCACAGAAAAUCUGCAAUUAAUAUCUAAAGAAUAUUAUUAUUAUUAUGAUUUUUGGGAAAUUAAAAACAAAAUUUUAAUUAAUCAAAAUUACAAAUAAGUGAUGAGUCAGCAUUUUAUACAUUUUUUUUUUUUUUAAAAUAGGCAAAUAAUUAAGAUUUUAAAAAAAUAUUUGCUGGACAUUAACAAAAACUAACAUAUAUUUUGUGGCUUUAUUUAGAAGUACUCUUAUUUAACUAUGUUCCCUGUAAAUAUUAUAUUUUUGUCUCAUUUUAUAAUAAAGUUAUAGGCGUUUUAAAAAAAAGCAAAAUGAGGGUCACAAAAUGUGGAGGAAAAUCCCAUAAUAAAAAAGUGGUUUUGAGGUCCCUACUAAAAAAUUCAUAACUUUUGAACCACUUGAGCUAGAAAGUUGAUCUUGGUGUUUUUGUAAUCUAUUCUCCAGGCUCUAUACAGCUGUAGUAUUUUUAUAUUUUUAAAAAUGUUUUGAAAUUUUUAUCAAAGUGGCUACAUUUAGGGUUAAUUUAGGAAUACAUUUUAGGGUUCAGGUUAGAUUUAGUGACAGAAUUAACGUGUCUUGUCAACCAAGAUGGUGGCCAAUCAUGGCAUCCUAUCUUCCAAUUUACCAAGUUCAAAUUUACAAGUGACAAUUACAAGAAUAGUCAGUCUAUUAUUAUUUUAGUCUGAUGUAAUUAAUGGCUUAUUCCAGUGGUCAGCAUCCUGUAGCUUGAGAAACACAUGCAAGUGAUAAAUGCCACUGUUCUCAUUUUGAAUUAUUGUCAUACUAUGAAAAAUUUAAUGAAUAAAAUUCUUUAGUAGGCCUUAAAUCCCCUUAUAACUAUGAGUCAUUGUCAUAGUAAUAAGGGGAUUUAAGGCCUACUGAGCCUACUAAAAAAUUUUAUUAACCUUUUCGUUACCGUUGACAUUGACGCGACGUCACAAUCCCCCACAUUCAUUUACCAUGGAUGUCACAUUGUCGUCAUAACAGGGAGGCAAAGAACUUUUCUGAAAUACCACGGACGUCAGGUCGACAUCAUAUUUCAAUGCUAUAUAUUUCUUUAUUCAUUAAUUUAUAGAGAAGUUAAUUUGCGAAUCGGAUAAAGAGUGAAAAAUACAGGAAGUUUCAUCUUUAAGUAAUUUAAUUGUUGAGUCAGCAAAAAUAGAUGCCCCAAAACCAGCUGUAAAAAAUCAGUUAAUUUAAUUUUUACCCCUAUAUCUGUCCACUCUAUAGUGCCAUUUUUUAAAAAUUUGCCUGGCAUGUGGCUCAGAAAAUUUUCUCUCAACAGAUAUAAUUUAUAAAAUGGCACUUGAUUGUUGCAGACCCCUUGCCUAGGACAAUGUAUACAGAUAACUGUACUUAUACUCUAUAGCCUAUAGGGACAAUAAAUAUAUUUAUUAUAAUUUCAUGGAGAAUAAAUUUAUAAUUAAUCAUACAAACAAAACAACUAUAAUACUAGAUUAAUAAGAGACGAAAAAAUUGUGUCAAUAGAACAAUAUGUAAUAAUUACUAAUAAGUAUAAAUUAAAUUUACAUAAUAUCAAUAUACAUAUCCUACCUAAGUUUUUGUCUGGUUUUAGCACCCUCUCCUAUAUUUUUUCUGUUUUAGGUAGGAUAUGUAUAUUGAUAUUAUGUAAAUUUAAUUUAUACUUAUUUAAAUGUGUUUUGUUUGUUUGUACUGUUGAAGGCAUGUGCCGAAACGUUUAAUUGUGUAUAAUGUAUAAUUAUUAUUAAAGCUAACUCAUAUUGUUCUAUUCUAUUGACACAAUUUGUUCGUGUCUUAUUAAUCUAUUUUAAAGCUUUUGCAGCCCAACACUUUUUAUAACUAUAAUACUAUAAUUUGAUAUGACUUUUAACAACUAUUUAGACGUGCACACUAAGACUUCUAAGAGGUAGACAUAAAAACUGAACUUUUUCAUAAUCUGAGGAAAGUAGGUUGGAUUCUUAAAUGCUACAUUAUACACUACCAUGUUAUUUACUGAAUGGUCUUUACAUAAAAUUUUUUUUUACAGAUUACUGUCAGGAGAACCAGAUGAAGAAAAGACAGUGAAAGAGGAGAUAAGUAAGAGCCGCAAACAAAUUGAGGACAGUCGUCAGCGCUUGACUAAGUUGAAACAAGAUGGCUUUGAGCUUGUGACUAAUGUUAAGGUAGCUGGCGAUGCCAGGGAAGCAUCAAGGCGAGCAAUUGAUGAAGAAGCCAAACGAGUUAGGUCAGUUGAAUAUGUCUUGUUUACUUUGUAAGAGAAAUUUACACUGAACCUUCUGAGGGUAAAAACAUUAUACUUAAUUUUAGAAAGUGUAUUCCUGAGCACAAAUUUUUUACCUCUUUUUAGAAAAACUGUUAGUGUUGUGUCUAGGGAUGUUAACAUAGUUUUUUAGGCAAAAUGAUGAUUAGUUGUAGAAAUAUGAAUUUGAGCAUAUUUUUUAAAAAAGUAUGCACAUCCAAACACUGGUGCAGAAAGAUGAGAAAGGAGGGGGCUGUCUAUCCUGGGUGCACAUUUUUGGUGGCACCAUUUGUGGUCCACCAUCUAUUAGAUGUGUAUUAUGUAUGUUUAGUGGCUUUUGUUUGUAAAUGAGGGGCAUGGCAGCAAGUCAAGGAUUGCCCCUUAUGUAAUAAACUCUUGAUACUAAAUGGCAUUCAUAUUCAAUUUCCCAUUUUUUCUCACAGCAAUUUCAGAUUGACUUGAUGAUUAUAAGACUGUUAGUUCAAGUUCAUCUAAUUUUAGAACUGACAAUGAAAAUCUUGUAUAUUUUCCAUAAAAAGACCAAUUAAAACUAGCUCAAUACAACACAUGGCCCUAUGCAAUUUGCUUUAGCCAAGGCAUAAUGUUGGGGUUUUUUUGGUGACAUUUCAAUAAGCUAAUCUCUAGGAUUUUUGGUUUCCAUUCAAUUUUUUGUUGUUUUUUUCUUUAUCAUUAAUUAAAGAUUUUUUUAAAGUGGCCAUAACUUUUCUUUAAUGUUUCUAUAUCUUGUCAUGCAGAAAGGAAAAAUUAGACAGUGAAGCUAAGUCAGCAGCUGAAAGAUUUGAUGAGGUAUGUCAUCAAUUUAUUGACCCCUUAAUUACCACAAGAUUUUGAAUUAGUAUUUCAUUUGGACUUUAAAGAAUUUUUAUUGGCUGUUCACUAAAUGUGAAUGAUCUUAUUUUUAAGAGAUAAUCUAGUCAAUGCACAGCUACUUACUAUUGAUUUAUAUAAAGUGACAAGUAAUAAUGUUCUUUCAUUUAUUAUAAGUUAAUAAUUUAUAUACUUUUAAUGAGACAUGAGUUCAGGAUUUUGUAUGAUGAAACACACUGUUAUUAUCAUCAAUAUUGUGACCUCAUGGUCACUGACCAGGACUUGGUCAGCAGCAUUUCUCCUCCACUACACCACGAUUUUUUAAAUAACUUUUUAAUAUGCAAAUAAUGAUUUUUUUCAAUGUUAUCAGAUUACAAAGAAAUGGGAGGUAACUCUACAGAAAGAUGUUCCUCAAGUGCUCCAUGACGUAAGAAACAUUUAAAGGAUUUCAUUGAUUUUCAACCAGACAAUUAGUUAAUAAAAUAACUGAAGGUGUUUAAAAAUUGUUGUGCACAGUUAAUAUCAUGUCAGACAGCUAAAAGGAAGGCUGAAGUUUAUAAUUUUUAAAUUACAAAAAUAUCUGCAAGAUUUAACUCUAAAUCUUUUUUUAGUGCAGAUGCAACUGUCUGAUGUUUUAAUAAAAAUUGAAUACAUGCAAUAAAGUUUUCAUAUUUUUCUCUUUAGAUGUUACUCCAGCAGAAGAGAUCAUGUGAUGCAAUGAAUGAUGAAAAAAAUAAAAUGAUCACAGAACUUCAGCAGGUAGUUCACUAACUCCACCUUUUCUAAUGUUUUUCGUGUUUGUCAUCUCAAAAACCUUUAUUUUUCCUGGUUAAGGUAAAUUUAAAAAAAAAAAUUUUUAAUAAGCCAAAAGAUAAUAAAACUAAAUUCUUUUAACAUUAUGACAGCCUGAUUCAUAUAGUUAAUUUGUAAAAAAAUGUAAUUGAAAACAGAUUACCUUUAAUAAUAAAAAACGAAAUACUAUGUUGCAGUAGGAAUGGGAUACUUGUGAUAUCAUGUGUGUACUAGAUUGGUCAAGUUCUUUUACAUGUUGUAAUACAUCAUACUAGCACUGAAUCAACUCAAGUCCUUUUUCAUAAAAAAUGCAACUUUAAUGUAUAAUGUAAAUUCACAGACUGUUACACAUGUAUAGCGCAGCUUGCUGUCAGAGAGAAAUAAAACAAAACCUUCUUCCACAAAGUUCCUUUUACAGGCAUGCAUUGAUUAUAAGCUACUUCUUUCUGUCUAUUCACCCAUUUAACAGCUUCAUUCCUCCCCAGGCAUGCAUAUUCUUUCUCUUCCCAAGACAUGCACUAAAAUAUACAGCCAACGAUCUUUCUCUUUCUCCACUCCCAAACAAUGGAGUUCUCUCCCAUUACACAUUCACAAUACAUUGACCAUCCAAUCCUUAAAAGCUGCACUCAAGAAACAUCUAUUCAAACUCGACUACUCCGGAUCAUUCUCACCCCCCUCUGACAGAUAAACAAUGCUCCAUGCUGCUGGGUGCCGUCCAUGGCUAGACAGGGGUAAAUAAUACUUGGGUGGGCGAGGUCAAUAUUUUUACAAUGCUGUUUUAAAAUGAAUAAUAUUAUGGAAAUUAUUUUUUAAUGUCAUUUUUCUUUUUACUAAAUUUUAUGUGAAGCGCAGUAAGCCUGGGGUACCAUGCUAUAUAAGACUACUGCAAUAAUAAUAAUAAAAUAUCAAUAUUAUAUUGUGGAUAAGAAAUAUUUUUUCUUUUAUUUAGGUUCUAAAGUCAAAGGAUGAUUUGUAUGUGAAGGAUUUAAAGAAAAUGGCAGAAGACAUUGAUCUAAUGAUAGAGAGAAUGAAUGAUCAAGUCAGUCACAUGAUUAAAGCACAGCGAGAAGAAUUAGAGGAAAUUGAGGUGAUUUUUUUUUAAAACUCCCACAAAAUGCACAUUAUAUGUCAUGGAAAGUUAAAAUAAAAAUUUAGCUGCAUUUGUUAUCUACAGGGCGACGAGCUGACUCAUGGUUAUAUAGAUAAAAUGAUUUUUUUUAAAAUUAUAGCCACCUUAUUUUAUCAUUAUUUUCAUUCUUUCAUAGUAUGAGUUGUUCCUGUCCCCUCAAAUAAAAUAACUCCAGACAUAAUAACAUUAAUAAAAAUAAAUAAUAGCUCCAUAAAUUUUCCUUAAUAUAGUUGAAUAAGAUUUCUGUUUAACUCCAUGACUCUUCAGCGAGCUUUUGUCAUGGAGCGCAAUGAGCUACUAGAACAGCAGAAGAAGAGAUGGGAGGAAAAAAUGUCCCUGCGUCGUCAGAAAGAGGAGGAGUAUUUAGAGAUGAGGGCCAAACGAGUGGAGGAUUUGGAGAGUCAGCUACAACACAUGAGAGUUCAAGAUGCAGAGGAAUACAACAUGGUGAAGAUACGACUAGAAACAGAUGUGCAGGUUUGUUGGGGAAUGCUUAUGAUUAAACUGUAACGUGGUCUUGCGUCAUGUAGAUAUUGAAAAAUUUUCAAUUUCUUAUUUCUUCAAUGAACAGAUCUAGCAACUCUCAUUGCCUAGGGUCAUGUAGAUACUGAAAGCUUUGCCAGUACUUACUUAUCCAGUGAACAGAUUUAGCAGCACUCAUUGUCUGGUUCAUUCGGAUAAAGAUGAUAUUUGUUUGUGGGGCUUUCUCCCUGGAAAUAAUAUUUGAGUUCACCUUCAAUUUCUUGGUUAUGACUUUCCCAAGUUGAUCACAAGUGAGAGAUGGUUUUACAUAUGUAAACAUUUAUUAGCUGGCAUGGAUGUGACAGUGGAGUUGGCAUGUUUGAAGGUACAGUCUUGAAUUGACAAGGCUCAUAUUUUAUUAAAAAAUUAGAUGGAAAUCAUUUAUAUCUAUGUUUAUUUAUCAAUUUGUAUCUCCAUUUAUAUCUAUCUAGACCAUUUUUCAUUGCAUUAAUUGCUAUACACAUAUAUCCAGGUCAACAAAGGUUCUAGCUCUUAAUACUUAUUCCAAAUUCAAUUAAGAGUUUGUCUCAGUCAAGAGUUGAUCUCAGCCAAGAGUUGGUCUCAGUCAAAAGUAGGUCUGAGUUAAGAGUUGGUCCCAGUCAAGAAUUUGUGUCUCAGUCAAGAGUUGGUCUCAGACAAGAUUUGGUCUCAGUCAAGUGUUGGUCUCAGUCAUAAGUUGGUAUCAAUCAAGAGUUGGUCCCAGUCAAGAGUUUGUUUCAGUCAAGAGUAUGGCUCAUUCAAGAUUUGGUCCCAGUCAAGAGUUGGUCUCGGUGAAGAGUUGGUCUAUUUUAUCUCGGUUUUAUUUGAACCUUUCAGAUAUUAGAGCAGCAGCUGCAGCAGAUGAGAGCAACUUGUCAACUGAAUCAGGAAAAGUUGGAGUACAAUUUCCAGGUGUUGAAAAAACGAGACGAUGAGAACACAAUCACAAAGUCACAACAAAAGAGGAAGAUCACACGGUAAGUGUUGGGAGCAUUAGAUAUAAGGAAUGAUGAUUCCAAACAGGCUAGAAAAGACAUUUGAUCAUUACCUGUUUAGGUCAUGUUUACAAAUUAUUAGUUAUUAAAGAAUUUAAGAAUUUAUUAGCAUCAAAUUUCAACUUUUGUUCUCUCCAUUUUGUCUCUAGUAAUGAGAUAAGCAACUUGUGUUUUGCCUUAGUAAUUAGAGUAAGUAGGUCAAAGUGGUGGCAAUGUAGGUAGUAUAAGUUCAAUCUCCAAUAUGGAGAGCUUAUAAUUAUUAUAAUUAUUUUUCAAAAUUUAUUUCUCAACUAAAAAAUAAAGCUCAUUUGCUGCUAAAAAUAAUUUCAAAAACUAUUCUAACAAUGUUUAACAAUGAAACCAGGCUAAACUGUGUUAGCAUUCUUACACCAGUAACAAAGCUAGGCUAACUAUGUUAGCGUUCUAACACCAGUAACAAAACUAGGUUAAGUAUGUUAGCAUCCUAACACCAGUAACAGACAUCUUUUCAGUGUAGAGUCAUUCUUUGAUGGUUGAUAAAAUUAUUUCUCUCACUCAUAUAUUUUACAUUUAUUUUCACAUUUCUCAUGAUGUUGAAAAAAUCUGUUGCCAUGAGCUAAGGUCACAUCUUACAUCUAUUGCCAUGAGCUAAUGUCACAUCUUUCAUCUAUUGCCAUGAGCUAAUGUCACAUCUUUCAUCUAUUGCCAUGAGCUAAUGUCAAAUGUUUGAUCUAUUUCAGUCUACAAGAUGUGCUGAAUGCCUUGAGAGCAAAGUUAGAGAAGCAAGAGAAGAUCUAUAGGGAUGAGAACCAGCAGCUUAGUGAGGACUACAAGAGGAUAACAGAACAGUUCCAUGACCUGCAGCGGAAAUCAAAGUAGGUCACAAUGAAAGUUAGUGUAGGAACAUUGCUGGAGGGAUGAAAUGGAAUUAGUUGAUGAAUAUUGGUGGAGACAUUAUGGUGGUCAGGUGAAAAAUGUAUUUCAUCUUCAUCAUCCUUAUAAGCAUAUGCCCUUCUGCCUUAAGCAAUGGGGAAAAUUUUUAAUUGCACUCUCUCUGCAACUGUUCUUUGUCUGUGUAUAGGAUGUUAAAAAUUGUAUUUUAAAAGCACAAAAGCAAGAAACUUUAUGAACAAGAUAUAUAAAUUGUAUUUUUGUAAACUUAUUUUGAUGCUAAUAAGAUUUUUUAGAAAAUGGUUUGAUUAAACAUUGUUUUGAAAACUUACUACUUUUAUUACUUUUUUUACUCUUGUUUCCAGGCACUUCCAGACAACAGACACAAAAAAGCUGCAUGAAGUUUGGUGCAUGAAUGAAGAAGAGUGUAAAAAUCUGGCGGCUGAGGUCAUGGAAGCUGACAGAGUUAUCUAUGAACAACAGCUUGGCUUGCAGUGGGAAUGUCCAGACAUGUAUGUGUGUCUUGGACUGUCAUGCUUGUCUGAAUCUGAUCAGUAUUAUUUCAUGUGGGGAGUCUCCUAAGCUCAUCUUAGAUAUUUGAACGAUUCAGACUUCUGUAACAUUCUCAGUAUCAUUAUUCAAACCUUAAAGAGACAGAGGUUUCAAUGAAAUCAUUGGCAUAAUAUUUUUUAAUUUAAAUUUAGUUAGAUCUAAACUUGCUCAAGAACAAAUUAAAAAAUGUUUGUUUGUAUAUUAUUCUCUUACAAUUUUUUAAGCUAGAAAAAAAUUAUUGUAAGCCUCAUUCAGGCUGCAUGGUACAAUUUGAUUUUUUUUCAAUAAUGUCAUUUAUAUUCUAAUAUUUUGACUGAAAAGUUAAAUAAAUUAAAGAUUUAUAAACAUUGUCACAGGAACUUCUUUUAAAAAAUGCUGAAUUGAUUUAUAUUGUCAAACAAUGUUUCUUCUGUUGCCUGGGAAGUCCACUAGUCUAAUGGCUAUGUUUAAAUCUGCUUGUUAAAAGCUAUAACAAUGACAGACUGACAGAAUGAUUACUGCUUGUUAAAAGCUAUAACAAUGACAGACUGACAGAAGGAUAAAUACUUGCUAAAAGCUAUAACAAUGACAGACUGACAGAAGGAUUACUACUUGAUAAAAGCUAUAACAAUGACAGACUGACAGAAGGAUUACUAUUUGUUAAAAGCCUUAACAAUGACAGACUGACAGAAGGAUUACAAAAAAUACAAACAAAAUUCUAAUUGCAUCAAUUUGCCAAUUUCAGAUCCUUUGUCGAUAAUGUGGGGCCCUUAAUGAACAAGAAAGACAGGGGGUCUUCAGCCAGCAAGAUUCUUCAUGAACUUAUGAUAAGUAAGCCAAUCAUGAUAAGUAGGCCUAAGCCAUUCAUUAAAACUUAUUCAGCCACAAUAAGUAAGUCAUUCAUGAUAAGCAAUUCAGUCAUGAUAGGUAAGCCAUUUAUGAUCAGUAGGUCAGUCAUGAUAGGUAAGUCAUAAGGUAAUCAUAAGUCAUUCACUUAAGUAGUACUUGCAAAGUGUUACAAUUUGCCCACAUAUUUGAUCUUAUUUUAGUUUUCCAGAUUUGUAAACUACUUAAAUAUAUUUAUUUGUUAUUUUUUUUAUUCACUAUAAAAUAUAUUUUCCAUGUGGUCUAUAUUAGACAAGGAACUACAUAGAUUUAAAUAAUUUAUUUUAUUGGACAAGGAACUAAAUUAUAUAUUUAAAUGAUUUAUUUAUAACAAGUCCAGCUUAUAAAUAUUUCCUUCAAGUAUUCAUUUAUUUUGGUUCAACUCAGAAGCCACAGAGAGUCAGGUAACAGAAGAGACUGGUUACCCUAUUUCUGGCAUCUAUGAAAAGAUUUCAGCCAAUACCGUCAAGCGAGUCUUAGAACUCCUAUGCGAUGAAGGGGUGAGCUUAGAAAAACAAAAUUCAAGCUGAUUAUUUCAUUAGUUCAUAAAAUCAUGGUAAACUUCAGAGUUAGAUUUUAUUCUUGUCCCACUUUAAUUAUAAAUUUGUUGAAAGAAAUCCAGUUGGUAUUAAAUUAAUUUCAGUUUAAAAAUGCUGUUCUAAUUCCUAUAAAUAAAUACAAAUUUUUUCCUUUAGAUUUCUUGUUAAAAAUUGUAUAUAUAAACAAUAUACUGUCUUUAGAUCUCAAAGCAUGGAGCCAAAAUUUCUAUCAAAGCUUCUCCUACAGGUCUAGCAUAUCACAAUAGCUCUGACUACACUAUAACACCAUUAUGUUUUUUUAAAAUGACAUUGAGUUUAAUUCCAAAUGGUGUUAUUGAUUGCAUUAUUUGAUUUCAGGGUUUCUUGGUUGAGCAAAAACUGAACAAACUACUUGCUCCACUGGAGAAGGAUGAACAAUCUCUUAUUAAAUUGGAUAAUAUUUUCUCUGUAAGUAAAGAUCUCUAGUCAUAGGUGGGACAUCCUGGGCACUAAUGUGGGAGGGGGGAUUUAAUUAAAAAUAAGACUCAAACAUUGUCUGGCUCUGUAUGUGUGGACCAAAGGGGUAGAAGUAAAAGAUUCUAUAAAAACGUUUCAAAUUAUAUUUAGCAUUUAAUUUUAUUUUGCUUAAAGAAUAGACUAUCAGCUGAUUGCUGACCUUGGCACACAUAGCUGGCUGAGGUCGGAGAUCGGCAAAAGGGCAGAAAUUUAUAUAUUAAUUAACUGAUUCAGUGAAAUUCUAGAAUGAUGACAAACAAUGGUUGUCUCUCCAUUUAGAAGGGAAAUAUUAAUGUUUCAUUCACAGAGUUUUCAGUAAUGGUUAAGCUUUUAUACUCAAGUAUUUUCGUUACAGGCCCUGGGUCUUGAGACUGAAGAUGAUAUUCACAAGCUGACCACCUACUUUAUCAACAUCAAGGAAAAGGUAGAGUUUUAUUUAUCCCCACAACUGUGCUACUGUAUUAAAUUAUGUCAAACAAAGUAACAGUCCCUAACCCUUACAGUUGUAUUUUAUUUAAAUUUCAAAUACAUUUAGUUUUUCUUUAAUGUAUUUUCAGACUGAAGAGUUCAUGAUGAUGAGCCAGUCAGCAUCAGAUAUCAUUGGAAAAGAUGUAAAUAUAUUUUUCCCACUCUCUAAACACUCAGCUCUCCACCUUUCCACCAUAAAUUAAACAAUAUCCUACUGUCAAAGAUUUAAAAUUUAAAAUAUUACAACCACAUUCUCUAAGCACUAUAUCCCCCCCCCCUCCCCAAACCAGUUUAAAUUUAUACUCUGAUUUUGUAGUGUGAUAAUUUCUGUGUAAUUCACGAUCAGACCUUAAGAGAAGAUCUCAUUUAAUAACUUAGUAAAUUUUAAUGAUAUAGACUUUGGUUAAUCUCCGAUAUAGCCAACAAAUAUUUAUCCCUCCAUCUGUUUUCUCACAUUCUGGUGUGUGCCCUGACCUCCAGCUGGACAGUACAGAGGAUGAAGUGAGACGAUUGAUGAGCAAAGAAAUUGAGCUGUCCAGAGUACCCAGUGCCCUAGUGGAGCUGAUCCACCCGAAUGAGGUCCUAAAGGCCUUAAGGGCAUUUGUUGAAGACCUGCGCAAAGCUGGCUUGUAAGUUUCAUCAAAUGGUUAUAGGACUCUUGAGUUAUAUUCAAUAGUUAUUUCAUCUAUGAGCCAUGGGUGUUACAUUCAAUAGUUAUUUUAUCUAUGAGCCAUGGGUGUAACAUUCAAUAGUUAUUUCAUCUAUGAGCCAUGGGUGUUACAUUCAAUAGUUAUUUCAUCUAUGAGCCAUGGGUGUUACAUUCAAUAGUUAUUCAACACUUUGAUAUUGUAGUUCUAAGCUUCACUAUAAUGUGAGUUACAAAAACCAUUGAAUAUGAAGCAUCAUUUAUAUUGUAUUCAGUGGCAUGUGUAGCAUUAGCCAUCAUAAAGACCCUUACUUAUUGGAUUAGCCCUGAAUAAAUUAUGAUGCAUAGUUUGAGUAGGGCAUCCAUUAAAAUGUUUUAGUGGAGGGAUACAACAUAACAUUAAGGUGAAUGUAAUUUUGAAGAAAUAAAUUGUCCUUUUUUAAAAAAAUAGCCAAUCACCUGAAACCUACGGCUUCCUGGUUCCCUUAAUAGGGGGGAAAUUAGCAAAAUAACAAUUAGGUUGCUAUGGAUAUUCUAGUGUAUUCUGUUGGUAGGAAUUUGACCUGGGGUCAGGGGUAAGAAACCUUUUUUUUUUAGUGCAGAGCCAUUUUAUAAACUAUGUCUGCUGAGAAUAUAGUUAGGGGGCCUCAGACAGGGGCAGGAGUAAUAAUGAAGAUUAGUAUUUAUUGAUUCCAGAGCCACAGGUUGCCAACAGUUGGAUUAUGUGAUCUAAGAGUCACAUGUGGCUCCAGAGCCAUUGGUUGCCAACAGUUGCAUUAUGUGAUCUAAGAGUCACAUGUGGCUCCAGAGCCACGGGUUGCCAACAGUUGCAUUAUGUGAUCUAAGAGUCACAUGUGGCUCCAGAGCCACGGGUUGCCAACAGUUGCAUUAUGUGAUCUAAGAGUCACAUGUGGCUCCAGAGCCACGGGUUACCAACAGUUGCAUUAUGUGAUCUAAGAGUCACAUGUGGCUCCAGAGCCACAGGUUGCCAACAGUUGCAUUAUGUGAUCUAAGAGUCACAUGUGGCUCCAGAGCCACAGAUUGCCAACAGUUGCAUUAUGUGAUCUAAGAGUCACAUGUGGCUCCAGAGCCAUGGGUUGCCAACAGUUGCAUUAUGUGAUCUAAGAGUCACAUGUGGCUCCAGAGCCACAGGUAGCCAACAGUUGCAUUAUGUGAUCUAAGAGUCACAUGUGGCUCCAGAGCCACAGGUAGCCAACAGUUGCAUUAUGUGAUCUACGAGUCACAUGUGGCUCCAGAGCCACAGGUAGCCAACAGUUGCAUUAUGUGAUCCAAGAGUCACAUGUGGCUCCAGAGCCACGGGUUGCCAACAGUUGCAUUAUGUGAUCUACUCAACACUUUCAUGUGCAGGAAAAAUGAGGCCAACAGAACCCACUUCCGCCUGUCUACCUUGGAGAACAGGGACGACUCUAGGGACUCUGAUUACUGGCAGAAGUAUGCUGGUCUACUCAGUGCUAAGAGAGAGAGGGUCUGGGAUGCUCUUGUAGAGGCUUUGGAGAAAUAUCAGUAGGUGGAGUAUUUUUGCUGGGGUGUAGUAUGUGUGCUGUGGUGGAAUAUGUGUGCUGUGGUGGAUUAUGUGUGCUGGGGUGGAAUAUGUGAGCUGGGGUGGAAUAUGUGUGCUGGGGUAGAAUAUGUGUGUGUGGUGGAUUAUGUGUGCUGGGGGGAAUAUAUGUGCUGGGUUGGAAUAUGUGUGCUGGGGUCGAAUAUGUGUGCUGUUGUGGAUUAUGUGUGCUGGGGGAAUAUGUGUGCUGGGGUGGAAUAUAUGGCCUACGGUUUGAAAGUGGCAGUGAAAAUAUUUUUUGUUAUAAAUGUUGUGAUUAUUGCCUUAGUAAAACAGUAUUUAAUUUAAUCAUAGAUGCAGACAUUUCUUGAAACUGCGAAUGAAAUAUUACAAGAUAAUAAGUUUUAAUGUACUUUACAGAUUACAUCAGUAGAAUUUCAUUUCUGACUUUGUCUGAUAUUUAGAUCUUUAUUUCUAUAUUGUUAAAUUUGUAGUUAUUCAUUGUUAAUUCGGUGUCACUUUAACUUAGCUUUCUUUGAGGAACAAUUGCUCUUAAUUUAACAAGACAUAAUUGAACAAUGCAUGUAAAGGACUGUCCUAUGCUAACUUUUUAAUCUCACCACUACAAGACAUAAUUGAUCAAUGCAUGUAAAGGACCAUCCUAUGCUGACUUUUUAAUCUCACCUCUACCAGUGAAACGCUCAAUGGUCGGAGCACACUUCUCACAGAGACAGAAUCCCUGAGACAGCAAAACUCUGAGCUCAAGCUUCUGCUCCACCAGUAUAUAAACUCAAAGGUCAGCUACUUUAGUGUGUAUGUGUACAAAGUAUCUUUUCUGUGAGUUUUUUUUAUGGCCUAGAAAUACAUAUUCAGUCUAGUGUGUCAGUGUUGUGUGUUAGUCCUGUGUGUGUGCCCAUCCAGUGUCUCUGCCCAGUGUGCCCAUCCAGUGUCUCUGCCCAGUGUGCCCAUCCAGUGUCUCUGCCCAGUGUGCCCAUCCAGUGUCUCUGCCCAGUGUGCCCAUCCAGUGUCUCUGCCCAGUGUGUCUGUCCGGUGUGUCUUUGUCAACCAUAAUCAAUCAGAAAAUAUACCCAAGUCAAUGUGUCUGUAACAAUUGUUUACAGUCAGAAAACAUAUUCAAUAUGUCUGUACCAACUGUUUACAAUCAGAAAACAUACCCAAUCCAUUGUGUCUGUACCAAGUGAUUACAAUAAAAAAACAUAGCCACUCCAUUGUGUCUGUGCCACUGCACCAAUCAUUAACUCAAAAUUACAUACAGAUAAUUAGUCUCAUAUUUUCCCUCUCCACCAGGUGAACGCUGAACUACAAAUUCCCCCAACACGUGUGUUACAGCUUGAGCUGAACCCUUACUAAAAGAAAAGGCAGUCACUCUAUUCAAACACGUGUGUUGCCUAAAACACUAUGGACAGUUAGUUAUUGAUUAAUGAAUUUAUUCAAAGCCCAAAAUUUGUCAUAUUUGAUAUUUGAAGAGAAGGACAAAGUGAAUGGCAUUGCCAUUGCUAACAAUAUGAGAAUCUUAUUUAUAAGAAUGUGGGGGAGGGUGGAGAUAACUUUUGAAACUUAAUUAAAUUCUAAAUUAUAGAAAUCUUGAAUUUUGACAGAUACAAAUAUAUAAAUAUGAAGAUGAUUACAUGUCGUGGGUGUUUACACAGAGAAGGGCAUGUUGAACCAGGAAGUGUAGAGAUGGCACAGAGGAAUAUAAGAAAUUACUGUAUCACUUCAAUCUUCUCUUGUUCUCGGAAUCAAGGAAUACAAUGAUGUUGUGAGGUGCGUUUUUUCUUAAUAGAAGUUUAUUUAAUUUAUAGUUUGCAGGGAAAUAAGAGGCAGUUUAGAAAAAUAUUGCCACUACAUUUUGACAUUCUUAGGCAUUUAUUUUUGCUGUCAAAUAAAAAAAUAAUUGUUUGAGGUUUCAAGUUGAAGCUAGAACAAGCUUGCCCAUCCUUUAGCUAGCUGGCCCAUCCUUUAGCUAGCUGACUCAAAUACAUUCCUUAAGUUCAAUCUACCAAAAUUUAAAUAAUGUUUGUUAAAAUAGCUUAAUGGGAGGAAAUUUUGUAUAAACAUUCAAAGAUGUUAAAUUUGAUUUGAAUAUUUAUAAUUUUUCUUAUUUAUUGAAAGUACAAGAUUAAUUAAGAACCACAGUUGAAAUAGCAAUUGCUAAUGGCUAUGGUCUUGCUUAUGUUGUGGUGGUUUUGUGAUUGUAUUCUGCGGUCUCGCUCAUUGGAUAUUUAGUAAGUGCCUGCUGAUUCCUGUUUGACAAUGUUACAGUAUGUGAGCUGCUGUCCUAAUGAAACAAUGCAUUGUUUAAUUUUUUAAGACUAUUCUUAACUAAUAUACUUGAUAAUUUGAUAUUUUAAAAGAAAAUAUUUUUUAUUGUUUUUUAUUUGCCAAAAAUUUUUUAAUGAAUUUAAAAUGUUAAACAAAAUAUUUUAUAAUAUUGUAUAUUUGAAAUGUUUACUUUACAAUUUAAAGUUGAUUAACUUUAUCCAAAUAUUAUGUUUUUAGUAAAGCAAUUUAACAAGGGUUAAACAACUUGUGUGUUGUUAAUUUUUGCAUAGUUUAAAAGUCUUUUUAAUCUAUUCAACUUCCUUAAUUUCUUAUUAUAAAACAUAUUAUUUUAUUUUAAAUGAGAAUACAAAGAACAGCAAUAAUUGAGAGAAAAACUAAUGAGAUGAUGAAGUGUACAGUCUUUUAAGUUGGAGUGGAAGACGUGUAGAAUAAAUAAAUUGAUCAAUCAUUUUACAAAUAUUUUAGGUAGAAAAUUUCAAACAGAAUGAGAAAUAAACAUUUAAGUCAUAUCUUAUUUCCCCCAAAAUAUUUGUUUCUAGAAAAAAAAAUUUGGACUUUCUUAAAGUUAAAGGAGUUGCUGCUAGGUAAAUAUUGUGUUAUAUAUAUUCUCUAAUAAUUCAGUAAAAAUAAGAGGAAGAAUAAAUUCAGCAAAGCAUUCAUGCUGUUAUAUUAAUCAGUUUAAAUAAAUGAACUGAAAUGUUUUCAAAAUUCUCAAAUAUUGUUCUCUCAACACAUGAAUCUUUAAUUAUGUAAACACAGAAUUAUUUAAUUCAACAAAAAAUUGAUUGAGUUGGACUCGAAAUAAUUCAUUGAGACUAUUUAAACAUCUUUUUAUCAAAUUGAAAUAAAUUUAGGAAUACGACUUUUCUUUCUUACUUCCCUUGCCUGACUUCUGGGGAAUGAGAAGUAGCUAAGUUGACCUAAUUUAUAAUUGUUAUAAUUUGUGUUGUUAGUUGUGUUGGUCAAACACUUAUUAUUUCUUUACAAUACAAGUAAAUGUAUUGCUGGUCUACAAAGGCACAAAGCCAUUAUCUUGGAAACUGAAUUUUUUUUUGUUGGGGGG